CAUCUAAUAUGAGCCCUCUGUUUUUUUUCUUUUCGUCAGAAAUCGACAAAUGCCACGAUAUAUUAACCAUUUAAUUUAUGACACAAUCUUGUGUUUGUCAAAUGAAAUGAAAUUUUGCUUGCAUAACCAAAUAAAAUUUAUUUUAGAAUUUUUCUGAAGUUAUCAUUCUUGGAUAUCAUGCAAGUUAUUCCUUAAUUGUAUAUCAGACACAUUGAGCCUUAUAAAGUAAAAAUGCUGUAUAAAUUUAUCUCACCAGAAGUAAACAAAUCAAUUAAAUCCUAUUUUUAGUAAACCGUGUAUUAUAAACGUUGGAAUCCCAAAUAAAACGCAAAAUACGCAAAUACCAACCCACUCAUUGAAGUAAAAUCAGCUACAGUCGAUUUACCACAGGUAUGGUAUAUUAACGGCUUAUAACUGAAGGUUAAAUGACAAAUAAAAUAAGUCCUUAAAAAUUCGUUAAAUCAUACCUGACGUAUAAUGCUCAUAUUCUAAACAUAUAAAGAAUGAUUCAAGAGUCGUUGAUUAAACGUUGUGUAAAGAAAAUAACGGAUAAUCAUGACUUAUUGGUUUUAUCGCCGAUGCUGAUUUUAUUAAAUUUUAUCAUAUUUUAGCUAGUUUUAACAGUUUUAACCAAAAUUUGAAACAACUUUAACAUGUUUUACAUAGAACUGAAACAAAGGUAAUAAAACAACUAUAAGAAAUCAAAUAGUAAACAUAGGAAGAAAAUAUCAUUUACAGUAAAGUUAGGCAAGCAUUUGUAAAUAGAUAUUAGGGACCUACGGUGGCAUAAACAACAUACAGAGCAGAGUAAUGGAUAUAAGAAAGAAGUCACCAUAGGAAAUUCCAGUAGUGAAAACGUACAAUAAACAAGCAGACGACGACAGGCAACCGAAAACAGGUAACCAGGUAAAUUUUAGAAAAGAAUAAUACCGCGAAAUUUAGGUGUCCCGUACACAGGAAACGCGUGUGGAGCUUUUAAUAUCCAACAGAUUUGCUUCAAACUUUCAACGUCGAUAAAAGAUAGAUGUAGCUAGAAUAUUAGGGCUUUUUCAUUAAGAUACAAACUUUAAACUAAUCAAAAUUACAUAAAAACGGCCGAUUUUUCAUAAAUUUACCGGUAAAAUUUUAUACAGCGCGAUCGCAAAUAGCUAUUAUGUCUUAUAAGUAAAUAAAUUGAAAUCAAUGCGAAAAAUAAAAUUGGACGUUCGGCUAGAAAAGGCAAAAUCAGAAUAGAAAAAUCUUUAAUAAGAAGAAAAUGCCAUCAAUUUAAAAACAUACAGUAAAAACGAAAUUGUUAACCAUAAUGCGAAUAGUAAGUACAUGGAGUAAAUAAAAAAAAUGUCGAUGACAUAGGCAUGGCGUGUAACCUAAAAAUAAACCUGUGUAUGGAAAUGUAUCGGACGUAAAUAGAUAGUUGUUAUCAACCAGUCAAAAAUAUAACGAUAUUCAACUCUUGAGUAAAAUUAUUUGGACUACCUUUUGAUACAUGUGUAGAAAUCAUGAGGUCAGUUGUGGACAGUAUAUACAAGGUGUGCAAUGGCUAUACUUGGAAGACAUCCUUACAGGUUGUCUUUGCGUUAGUAGCAUUUCUGCCUCAGACAGAAAGUGCAGUCGAGAAUCAAGAAGUUGCUAACCUUAGGGUACAGGUUGUAUUCACUGAUCUACCUGAACCGUACUUGCCAGGAAUUGGCAGAGCAUACAGUUUAGACGAUUUAGGUGUUGAAUUUAGGCCAUCUUCUCACUCUAGAGAUGAUGAGGAAUUCAGGGACAGCUUUCACACACCUCCAGAUUUUGGAGUGCUUUCAGGACAUGACCACAAUAGAGGCCAGCUUUGCCUUACUUUAGAUCAAACUGACUUGAAGGCCAGACGCGUUGAAGAAAACUUGACCAGUAUUGGUCUGACAGUUGUGUCUCAGGAUGAUAAGCAAACUACCAGUGAUAACAGAAGAGCUGAACUUUCCACCUCAGUCUGUGCACAUGGCUCAUUGUCGAAUGACAGUUAUAUAAUCGCCAUUAUACAGCAAGAGAGAAAGACAGAGGCAGAAUCAUAUGUACAAUUAAGAGCAAACACGUUUGACAGGCGAUGGCCACACAAGCACCUGAAGCCUGACAAGAUGGCUGAAGCUAGCUUUGUUUAUACUGAUGACGAUCCUCUUGUUGAGCACUUCCUUUUUUCACCGGAUUGUGAAUACAUACUAAAUGAACAACAAGAUAAUCCGCAGAAUUUUGGUGCAAGCAGUAGAACUGGUGCAGCUCAAGAGGAUUUUGAUGAACAUAAUGGAGCAUAUGCUUCAGUGGAAUCUGAGAAAGGUGUUCAUGAGAGAAGGUUUCGAUAUGCAGGGCAUGUGGAGCAAAAUGGUCACUGGAAGUUAGAGAUAGAGAAUACCAACCAGGAAACAACACAUUCUAUCCAGAACUGUGCUACCAAGAAGAAUUUUGGUGCAAGCAGUAGAACUGGUGCAGCUCAAGAGGAUUUUGAUGAACAUAAUGGAGCAUAUGCUUCAGUGGAAUCUGAGAAAGGUGUUCAUGAGAGAAGGUUUCGAUAUGCAGGGCAUGUGGAGCAAAAUGGUCACUGGAAGUUAGAGAUAGAGAAUACCAACCAGGAAACAACACAUUCUAUCCAGAACUGUGCUACCAAGAAG